AGAAGCAGAAGUAGAUUAGUGUGGGCGCUACCGGGUAUGCUUGGCCCAUGCCUGGAAACUGACGUAGAGAGAAUUAUGCGGGAGGGGGACAAGAACCUUUAAAACAUCUCAAGCCCUCUAAAUUGUCCUUACAGACCGUUCUCUGUCCGACGCUUGCUUUCACUUUCAAUCUCCCCCACUUUCCUUCUCGUCACUGUGGGAUUAGCCUUCUUCUCUAGGUCAGUAAAUAUGGCAACACUGAGAGCACUAAGAAAAUUGUGCCAACAAUCGCAGCAUCAAAUGUGCAGUCUGCAUAUUUCAGCAUCAAGACAGGAAGCAGUGGUAAUCUCAGGCAGGAAAUUGGCUCGUCAGAUUCGAGAGGAGGCCAGGGCCGAUGUGGAACAGUGGGUUUCCUCUGGCAAUAGGAGACCCCACUUGAGCGUAGUCCUUGUAGGCGAUCAUGCGGCCAGUCACUCCUACGUCCUGAAUAAGACCCGGGCUGCAGCUGAUGUUGGUAUCAGCAGUGAGACCAUCCUUAAGCCUUCCUGUAUCUCUGAGGACGAACUCAUGGACUUGAUCUACAAACUCAACACAGACCACCGGGUGGACGGUCUGCUGGUACAGCUGCCACUGCCGGACCACAUUGACGAGCGUCGCAUCUGUAAUGCUGUAUCCCCUGGCAAAGAUGUGGACGGCUUCCACGUGGUGAAUGUGGGCCGCAUGUGCCUGGACCAGUCCACGAUGCUGCCCGCGACUCCCUGGGGAGUCUGGGAAAUCAUAAAACGCACAGGAAUUCCUACCCUUGGGAAGAAUGUUGUGGUAGCGGGACGGUCCAAGAAUGUGGGCAUGCCCAUUGCCAUGUUGCUUCACACAGAUGGACGCCAUGAGAGACCUGGGGGCGAUGCCACCGUCACCAUCUCCCACCGUUACACACCAAAGGAUCAACUUUGUCAGCACACAAGGAUUGCUGACAUUGUUGUUGCUGCUGCAGGGAUUCCCAACCUGAUCACUGCAGACAUGAUCAAAGAAGGAGCCGCCGUCAUUGAUGUGGGAAUAAACAGAGUGCACGACCCUGUGACUGGCAAGGACAGACUUGUAGGGGAUGUUGAUUUUGAAGGUGUAAGACAAAAAGCUAGCUUCAUUACCCCUGUGCCUGGAGGAGUUGGACCCAUGACAGUGGCCAUGCUUAUGAAGAAUACCAUCAAGGCAGCUAAGAACCUUCUGCUGACUCCCUCUGAAAGGAUCCGCAUGGUAGCCUCUUCCUAACACGCCAAGCCUAAUCCCAUCAACAGUCACACAUUCCAUCCCUCCACUCCUCUUGUUACGCUGAGCAAUUUGACUAACUCCCUUGCACACAGACACGCAUAGAAACUUGAAAGCUUUCUGGUUCUCAACUUGCUGGUAUCUUCCACUCAACCUCUGCCCUCCAUUGUUACAACUCAGCCAUGCAGCUACGACGUAUUUAUUAUUUGCUGGACUUUAUAAUGUACUUUUUUUUCCAUUUCCUUUUUAAGAUACCCUUUUCUUUCAGUUAAAUUUGAACUACCUGUUUAUUUAUUUUUCAUUUGUGAAAGCGAUGUUAAAUUAAAAUUGGCAGGAAGUAGACCGUUGUGUGUGUAUAUCAUCUCCACAAAACCCUUUAAGGGCUAGCAGUAUUACAUCAGGAACAACCCAGUCAGUUCAUGUGCUUUAAAAUAAAUUUUUCAAAAAUG